ACCAUUCCGCAGAAUUAUCAUGUGUAAGCAUAACGAUUCUGUAUUCCAGGGUACGUAGAAGCCCUAAUGAUGGUGUUAGAAGGAUUGCUCAGCCUCAGCUUGUCGCUCGUAGAAUAUAUUGAACGUGCAAGCAAUGACCUUCACUGCGAUAUGCAAGAACUCCACCCUAAUAAGACUGCCCCUGUCCUGGCUGUUAUAUCUAUCAGGUAUCUACCGCGUUCUUGUGCCCACAACAAUCACACAAUCACCAGCUAGGCUCUCAAGGUCUUCCAGGCAAUGACUACAGAAAUGCAAGGUCCCUACGCAGACAUUAGCUCUGUGAGAAACGAUGAAGAGUCUGCCAUUGAGUUGAGACCAACGACCGCCGACACAAAGACACACUCAGAUCCCAGCGUCUCUACCGCACACCUCGGGCCGAGCAUACCUAUAGCACAAGCGAUGAAGGCUUUGAUUCCUGCAGCAAUAAUGAUCCUUGUUAUCUUCUGGAUCAACGCGUCUCACAUUUACGGUUUAUUCCAUCAUCAGGGGGAAUUCGUUCACAGGGCAAAGGUCGCAUUAGCUGACUUCGACGGAGGAGAUUUCGGCGAAGGGCUGCGCCUGGCAGCAGCUACGAACAAUGGUACAUAUGGAAACCCCACCUACGUCAGUGUCGAUACUGUUGGCUCGACAUCUGAGCAAAUACGACACGAAGUCUUCAAAGGCACAUACUGGGCUGCGAUUAUUGUCGAACAUGGCGCGACAGCUCGCUUCAAAGAUGCCAUAGAUGGCUCGGCCGAAGCAUACAAUCCAGACGAUGUCUACAAAUACUAUGUACUCGACGCGCGUUACUAUACGAUAUACGCCUCGAGUAUCCUCUCCCCAGUUAUUGCUACCGCAUCCACUGCGGCUAGUGUUUUCAGUGCUCAGUUCAUCACGCCCAUCAUCGCUCGGGGUCAACACGCGAAUGCCACCACAGCGCUCUCCGCACUCGCUAGCCCAGCACGCCCUGUAGAGAUGCCAGCGGCUCCCCAACUGUACGCUACCCUUGACGACAAAGCGUUUAUCAACACCCUUGGCGCAGUCCUGCCAAUCCUGAUGCAAUUCUUCUUCAUCAUGGCCUGGAACGGUAUAUGCAACGGUAUGCAUUUCUACGCUGCCCACGAUCUGCGCACACACAUCCUCUCUCGAUUGUUCUGUGGAACAGUGUGGCCAGUCUUCACGAGCCUGUGUAUAGCUGGUUGGACCUUUGCUUUCCGGGGCUCAUACAGCAUCGACGUCAAAAUGUUCUUUGCAUUCUGGGCUGUAACAUGGGUCUACUGCAUGAUUAGCUUCGACGUGUUGGACAUUGCUACUGGAUUCAUCCCGAUGGCGUUCGUGCCCUUCUUUGUGCUGACCUGGAUUAUCUGGAACGUCGUGGCAUCUCUUGGUCCACCAGAGAUCCUUCACCAAUGGUUUCGCAUCAACUACUUCUUUCCAAGUCUGCACUGGUUCAGGACGUUCAUCACCAUCAUUACGCAAGGCGCGUUGAAUGAUUCGCGCUACACGCUCCCCGUUCUUGCAGUCUGGCUGGUGCUUAUGAAGUGUCUGAGUCCACUGGCAACAAGACAUCGCGUUAGGAAAGCGCAUGAGAUAUUCCAGUGGUACAAGGAGCGUAACGCAAUUGGCGGACCUCAUUAGACUAGUUUCUUGCCAUACAUUUCUGUUAGCUGUUAAAUCUUAUAGGCGUGCUAGCAAGUUGAUCGAAGCUAAUGUUAUCUAUAAAACUUCGG